AUGGAAGCACCGGAUGCUGCUUUUCCGAUACGCCACACAACUCACUGCUUGGAUAUCAAGGGGCACAAGACGAAUAUUAUCAUAAGCAGCUAUGAAGAUCAUUUUCUUGUUAUGGCAACUCAGAUUGGAAGCAUGGGGACAAUAUUGCACGCUAGGAAAGAGGAAAGUGUUUCAGUUGAUCCAACAUUCACGGUGAAUGUAGUGUUCGGCAAACGAGAUGAGCCAAUGCUUGUUGCUUGUGCAAGGCAAUUGGUUGAACACAUAAGCAAGAGAUCGGGAAAAGCAUUGGUAUUAUCUCUUGGUCUGAGAGACCAUUCUAUGGGAAUGCUGAAGGGCAUUGUAUCUGCUGUAAUUGAGAAACUUGCUGAAAUCAGUUAA